CAGUUCCACUCUCUCUACACACCUUUUUCCCUUUGUUCGACACUAAUUUCAAAAUGGAAUCUCUAAAUCCAUUACGUUCAUUCUCUCAAGCUAUGUCGAGAAAUCGAUCACAUAUGGAUUCUUCCUCAAUACCGGAAGACUUCAAUACCAAGAAUGAAAAUCAAACUCAAGAAGCAGAAGUUGAUUGGAGGACUUCUGAUAAUAAAGGAAAAAGGAAGGAAGUUCCAGGGAAAGGUGCAUAUAUAUAGUUUUAAGGCAAAGACUACAAAAAUAGGAAAACAAGGUUUACAGUGUGGGAGCAUUAUACAAUAUUCAAGGACAAUAAAGUCAAGUGCAAAUGUCAAUAUUAUACAGAGAUUUUUACUUACUCCGCUCUACAAUAUUUGUGAAAGAUUUAAGGAUCUUAUUAUCGAGAAUGAAUUGUAUCGAGUAGCAAAACAACAAGUAACAACAGUGAAAGUGACUUUAUAUUGCUAAGAGUCGUCCUCUACAAAAGAUUGUUUGUCCUCUUUUAUAGCCACGAGCUCUAAUGCUCCUAUUGUCAUUUAAUACGAGGCUUUUCCUCUAAAUACAUUGAUUACAAUAUCUGCC